AAACCCCGUGCGAGGGGCGCCGCCAUCUUGGAUAAGGGGGGUGAUGGGGGCGCAGUGGAGCCAGCGGAGCCGAGCCUGAGGGAGCCCCGGAGAGAGGCGGAGACCCGGCCCGGCCGUUGCCCAGCCUGAAGCGGAGCUGCUCCAGUGCCCGCAGGGCGGCGGGGGGGGGAAAACCGGGCUGCCACCGACAGAGCCACGCUGCACAGCCACCCGCUUCCCGAGCUCAGUAUGGUGUGAUUUUUACAGAAGACCACAAUUGAAGCAAUUACAGACUGUAUUUCUAGCAGCCUUGUAAAGUAAGGUACCGGUUAGACUGUGUUGUUUUUUGUGCUUGACAAAAGUCUUCAUCAGGGGAAUAGUGCAAUUAUUAAUUGCAACAAUUCUACCUCUCCCCUGUUCUUCCCUGCUUCUUGAUCUCUUCUCAGUGUUCACUAUUAACAUCUAAGUAAAUAUGCAGGGAAGAAGAUAUGCCCUGGAAAAGAGCGUAACUACUUACUCAUUUUGUGUAGACAUUCAGAAGCUAUUCUAAAUAAUAGUUGUUAUUGGUUGUGUACGGUUCCCCUUGUACACAGCUAAUACUUUCUUCCAAAUGAAAAAGCUAACAGCUCUUUGAAAGUUGUUGCAGUUUAUGAAAGGAGUGAUAUGAUGGCAUUACCUUUUAUAGAAGGGAACUGGACUUCAACUGUGAGAUCCUUUCCUGUUGCAUAACCUGGAGGAAUGACUGAAAGAACACCUGGAUGGCCAGAUGAAAUACAAAAUGCCUCUUGCUGCAGACUAACUAAACGGUGGUCCUCUGGCUGCAGAGUAGUAUGUUUUUAAGGGGAACCUGUAAUAAUUGGACAGUCCUGAGUUUGAAGCUGAUAGCUGUGGAUUGGCCAGCUGAUGGUAUUAACCACCUGCAGUGUCUAAGAAAACCUCUGCAUACAGCUUCUAGUCUCUUCUAAUAGCAUACCUGCUUCUUGCUGAGCACAAAGCUAUGAAAUUGCUUUAUGCAAAUGAUUAAAAUUGACUAUGUCCUUGAGUUGAGCUAGAAGGAACUGCAUGGGUCUCACGAAAGCUGGUAUGGAUAUAUUUACAGUUAUGUUAUUCUGAUAAAGACUGUUACGGCAAUGCGCCUGGAACAACCUUAUCUCAGUUUGUACAGAUGUAUGCUGAUACUUGAAAUAAGGCUUCAGUGACAUGUCAAAAUACCUGCGUAGUGGUUAUUGAUUGGAGGAGGAAAUGUAGGUGUCACUAGUAUCCCAUUAAGGUCAUCUUUAACUUCUAAUAAAUAAAAAGUUGAUAUGUGGAAAAUGGAUUAUGGUGACACUGUUCACUGUAAAAUUUCUAGUCCUAACUGUAGUACAGAAAUUAAUUGUGCAGGCUUUGAAACUAGCAGAAAUCUCUGUACAGUGAAGCAUGAUCCUCUGGCUAGUUGCCAUCCUGAAAAAAUGCUCUAAACUCUGGGGAAGUGUUACCUCUGAAAAGGGAGCCAAAACUUGUUCUGAAUUGGCAGACCUUCCUGGAAGAAAGAUGGCAGGUAGACCAAGCUUCCAGACUAAACUUCUUUUACUUUCUGUUAACAGUAAAUUCAUGGUUGGUUAACUUUGAUGUCAUAUAGUAUAAUGUCAGCAGUGGCUGAAGCGUUCAGUACAUGUUGUCUGUCAGACACAAUGACUUCUCCAGCAACUCUCUGGGACUUGAAAGAAGGUCUAGACUCAUCGUACAAAUGAAUUUCUCUAUCGUGCCACAAUGGCAACUGCACCUUACAACUAUUCCUACAUCUUUAAGUACAUCAUUAUUGGGGACAUGGGUGUAGGAAAGUCCUGUUUGCUUCAUCAAUUUACAGAAAAGAAGUUUAUGGCAGACUGUCCCCACACAAUUGGUGUUGAAUUUGGCACAAGAAUAAUUGAAGUUAGUGGCCAAAAAAUUAAACUACAGAUUUGGGAUACAGCAGGACAAGAGCGAUUCAGGGCUGUCACACGAAGCUACUACAGAGGAGCAGCAGGAGCUCUUAUGGUCUACGACAUUACCAGAAGAAGUACAUAUAAUCACUUAAGCAGCUGGCUGACAGAUGCAAGGAACCUCACCAAUCCAAAUACUGUGAUAAUCCUCAUAGGAAAUAAAGCAGAUCUGGAAGCACAGAGGGAUGUUACAUAUGAAGAAGCCAAACAAUUUGCUGAAGAAAACGGUUUAUUGUUCCUUGAAGCAAGUGCAAAAACUGGAGAGAACGUUGAGGAUGCGUUCCUGGAGGCUGCCAAGAAAAUCUACCAGAAUAUCCAAGACGGAAGCCUGGAUCUGAAUGCUGCAGAAUCGGGCGUACAGCACAAACCAUCAGCUCCGCAGGGGGGGCGACUAACCAGUGAACCCCAGCCCCAGAGAGAAGGCUGUGGCUGCUAGUGACCUCUGUUUCAUGGCUCCAUUUCUGACCUUUCACCUCUGUCUGUUGGAAGCGGUGCUUUUGACUGCUUCCCUGUCUUCUGUACAUCUUACUGGGUUUAAUUAAAACUCUUGAGACAAGUUUAACACAGUACUAAACUGCUAAACAACUUUAGAUGUAAUCAGGUUAUCAAAGGCAAGUAGAGUAAUAAAACCUCUCCUGCAUGGUAAAUCUAGAAGUUUUUUUUUUCCUUGAUUGUCCUUGUGAUAGUGUCACCGAUACAUAAUUUAAACUGAGCACUGAUGCUGGACUCAUGAUUUUACACUUUCGCAGGGCUUUGUCUUGUAUGGUUUAAUUUUAUGGUUCUUUGGCCUUUCUUCCCCACCUCUAACUGUUUAGAGCUGUCCAUAGUAAAGGAUAAGUUUUUGCUGUGAAAUGAUUUCCGAUGGUAGCAAGGGGCUCUGUAACAAUGUGCUUUGUUGAAAGAAUUCCCUGUGGUGUGUGUGUUGGGGGUCGGGGUGGGCUGGCGCAGGAGCGAGUGUACAACUUGCACAGGGAAACAAUCCAUUCAUUCUUGUGCUCAUAGCUUUACGUCAUUUUUUUGCCACUUUUAUCCUUUACAUUUGUUAACAGAACGUAAAUAUGUAUAAAAUUUGAAGGAACUGAGCUAACAGUUAAAUACAUCCUGUGUAUAUGAUUUUAAUGAAGAAAAUGAUUACUGGCAUUAGAACAGUAUAUAAGAAAAUACCAGUUUGUACAGUAUGACCUAUAUGUGACCAUGUUGCCCCCUUAGUACAGAAAUCGAUGUGACUGCAGUUCACUAACAUAGGCUUAACUCCUUGGUGUCAACAGUGGACAUUGUGCUGGGGGAACUCUAAUCCCGAUGCAGAAACUAACACUAGUGGAAUCUGUCUUUCAUCUUUGCACUGUGGUAUACCUAUGCCAUUUUAUUAAUCCCGUUCUGUGCAAUCAGCAGUGUGCUAACCUGCUUUUCUCUUCGGUAAGCGUUUUGCAUUAUUGGGCUUCAUCACCUGCCUUGCAUCGUAUACAAAGGCUGGUUCUCUUGCACAUCUUACGCUUUUAUACCUUUAACUUUUUGAAUGGUCAGAGGCUGAACUGGACAGUCGGAACAAUGCGUGCGCUCUCUAGGGAUUUUUAACUACUGUUGUAUUUUUUUAACAGUCCCCUGUGAGGGUUUCUUGUGAGACUUGGCCUUUUUCAUCAAGCCUUCGAGUACAUCCUUCAUGGGGUGAUGCAACCUGUAAUGCUUGUAUGGAGGGGGGUUUCGAGGGGUGAUGGCGCACAUGUGCCUGUUACUGAACUACAUGUGGGGUGUGCUGUGGUGUCAGAUCACAGUGUGUGGUGCUACAUGCAGUACUGCUGUAUUUCAUGGGAAGCUUCGCGUGGAAAACAUCACAUACGGUUUAAAAAUGGAAGGGGGCGAGUGCUUAACCAUGGUCAAAUGUCAUCUUUAGUCUUACUGCAGUGUUUAAAAUACAAAGUAGUCUUUAAAAUCCCUCUCUAGACACUAAAACUAUACAAUGUAAGUAAACAGUGGUACCAGAGUAUUGUACAGUCAAUGUUAAAUAAAAGCCAAACUGGAAUGUGCAGACAAUAGGAUUUGGGUAACUUGUGCGCUGUCCCUUUGUUUUGUCUGGUUAGUCCUUUUUUUAACUAAUAUUCUUAAGUAGAUGGGUAUGUUCAAGAUCUACAGCUAAUGCAUCCUGCUUUAAACCGAGGUUGCACCACAAAGGGUUUGCCCAGGGACCACGACCUGCUGCUGAUGUGAAGUAAAUGUUCUAAUGACUACAGCUUGUUGAGGUGCAAUACCUGUACUCCCAGAGUAAGAUACAGUAGGUCUUAUUGUUUCUGUCACAGAAAGGAUUUGUUCAGACUGCUGUACUCCUCAUUUGAUGUAACGAUGCUAUUAAUCUAAAUAUUUGUAAAUAAAGUACCUGUAUCUAGAUAAA